CCGUCGUCUUCUCCGUCUCCGAUGCGAUGCGACGCCUCACCGUCCUCCUCCUCUUCCUCGCCCUCCUCCUCGCCACCCUCGCCGCCUCCCAAGAAUUCACCUACGCCGGGUUCCGCAACGGCGGCGGGAUUGGGAACGGCCCGAACCUGACCUUCAACGGCGUGACCGAGCUCCGGCCGGACGGCAUCCUGCGGCUCACCAACGAGACGUCGAGGCUCAUCGGCCACGCCUUCUACCCGUCUCCCCUCCGGCUCCUCGCCGGCGCCGGCGGCAAGAAUGGCACCGCGGUGUCCUUCUCCACGGAGUUCGCGUUCGCCGUCGUGCCGGAGUAUCCCAAGCUGGGGGGGCAUGGGCUGGCGUUCGUCGUCGCGCCCGACCCGCGCCUCCCCGGCGCGCUGCCCAGCCAGUACCUGGGACUGCUCAGCGCCGCCGACGUCGGCAACGCCACCAACCAUGUCCUCGCCGUGGAGUUCGACACCGUGCAGGACUUCGAGUUCGGCGACAUCAAUGACAACCACGUCGGCGUCGACCUCAACAGCCUCGUCUCGAACGCCUCCGCCUCCGCGGCGCCGGUCAACAUCAAGUCCGGCGACACCAUCCUCGCCUGGGUCGACUACGACGCCGGCGCGAGGCUACUGAAUGUCUCCAUCGCCGCCGCCGCCUCGUCGAAGGGCAGCAAGCCGGCGGCGCCGCUCAUCUCCUUCCACGUCGACCUGUCGCCGAUCUUCCUCGACCAGAUGUACGUCGGCUUCUCGGCGUCGACGGGGCUCCUCGCGAGCUCCCACUACCUCAUGGGCUGGAGCUUCAAGCUUGGCGGCGGCGCCGCGCCGCCGCUCGACGUGUCCUCCCUCCCGUCGCUGCCCCGCCCCGCCGCCAGCAAGAACCGGACGUCGCUCAUCCUCGCCUCGGCGUUCUCGGCGUUCGUGGCGCUCGUGGUCCUCGCCGGCGCCGCCACCUACGCGGCGUACCGGUACAAGAACCGCGACGUGGUGGAGCCAUGGGAGCUCGACUACGGCCCGCACCGGUACAAGUACUCCGAGCUGAAGCGCGCCACCCGCGGCUUCCGCGACCGCGAGCUCCUCGGCUCCGGCGGCUUCGGCAAGGUGUACCGCGGCGUGCUCCCCGGUGAGGCCGAGGUCGCCGUGAAGCGGGUCUCCCACGAGUCGCGGCAGGGGCUCCGCGAGUUCGUCGCCGAGAUCGCCUCCAUCGGCCGGCUCCGCCACCGCAACCUCGUCCAGCUCCAGGGCUGGUGCCGCCGCCGCGGCGACCUCCUCCUCGUCUACGACUACAUGCCCAACGGCAGCCUCGACAAGCACCUCUUCGGCGACGGCCUCCUGGCGGCGCGCCUCACGUGGCCCGUCCGCUUCAAGAUCCUCCGCAACGUCGCGUCGGCGCUGCUCUACCUCCACGAGGAGUGGGAGCACGUCGUGCUCCACCGCGACGUCAAGGCCAGCAACGUGCUCCUCGACGGCGACAUGUCCGGCCGGCUCGGGGACUUCGGCCUCGCCAAGCUGUACGAGCACGGCGCCAACCCGAGCACGACGAGGGUGGUGGGCACGCUGGGCUACCUGGCGCCGGAGCUGACGAGGACGGGGAAGGCGACCACGGCGGCCGACGUGUUCGCCUUCGGGGCGCUGGUGCUCGAGGUGGUCUCCGGGCGGCGCCCCAUCGAGCCGAGCGCGGCGCCCGAGGAGCUCGUCCUGGCGGAGUGGGCGUGGGAGCGGUACGCCGCCGGGGAGGUGGAGAAGGUGGUGGACGCGAGGCUGGGCGCGUUCGACGCCGGCGAGGUGGCCGCCGCGGUCAAGGUCGGGCUGUGGUGCUCCCACCCGGCGCCGGCGGUGCGCCCGACGAUGAGGGAGGUCGCGCGCUACCUCGACGGCGGGGACGCCGCGGAGGUGCCGCCGCCGCCGCCUCCGCCUCCUCCCCCGCCGGUGUGCUCCGGCGAGGUCGGGUACUACGACUUCGUGCACUCGUACCCUUCGUCGUCGUACGAGAGGGUCGCGGCGGCGGCGGCGGCGGACGGCGUGACGCAGACGUCGGUGGCCACGUUCCCCUACUCGCCGCUGUCGAUGAGGUCAUCCCACGUCAGCGUGUGACCCCACCCCUGGGUCCCACCUGUCAGGUGAAUGACGUGCGGGCCCACUGCCUGUCUGGAGUGUGAAGCAGCUUCUAUUUUUGUUGAAAUUUGUUGAAUUGCAAAAGGGAGACAAAAACAGAUGGCAGAAUUUUGAUAGGCCAGAGAUGAUUUCUGCGAAAUCUCUCGAUUUGAACAGAUCCUUCGUCACUAGGGCAUAUUCAGUUUAGAGUAAUUUUAGGGGAGUUUUGAAGGAAUUAAAUUGUUCCUGUGUUCCGAAGAAGCCCUGAGCUAUAUGAUUUGAACUUGUCCUGUAGCAAAUUGGUUACCUCUAACUUAGUAUGUCUGAGCUGAAUUUGUUAACCUCAAUGGGUUGCAUUUCUAUAAUGAAAUUGUACAAAAUUCUGCUAAUGAUGAGCUAAUAUAGUUGUAAUGGUUGGUCUUCCACCUACCAAAAGUUUGAACC